CCCCCUAUGCCCUGCCGCGGAGGGAGCCCGCCCGGCCCCGGCAUGUCGUCCAGCGGCGCCCUCAGCAACUACUACGUGGACGCCCUGAUAGGGCACGAGGGCGAGGAGGCCUUCGGCGGCGGCCGCUUCUUGGCCGGGGCGCCCCCCGCGCCCCCCGGGCGGCCGGCCUCAGGUGUGGCGGCCGAGGGCUCCGGCUUCGCCUCCUGCAGCUUCGCGCCCAAGUCGGCCGUCUUCUCCGCCUCCUGGCCCGCCGUCCACGCGCAGCCCUCGGCGGCCGUGCCGGGCAUCUACCCCCCCUACGUGCCCCAGCCCCACUUGGGCGGGCCCGGCGAGGGCGGCGGCGGCGGCGGCCGCUACGUGCGCUCCUGGAUCGAGCCCUUCGCCUCCUUCCCCAGCAGCCCCGGCCACAGCGGCCACCACCCCGCCGGGGCGCCCCCGGGCGCGGGCUCCUCGGCCGGCGGGCGCCACUACGGGAUCGUCAAGCCGGAGAGCGGCGGGGCGGCCGCCUCAGCCUCCUCGGGGCCCUGCGCCCCCAGCGCCGCCGCCGCCGCCUCUUCCUCCUCUUCCUCCUCCUCCUCUCCUUCCAAAAGGACUGAGGCCGCCCCGUCCAGGGAGCCUGCGGGGCUCAGUGCCGGGCCGGCGCCCGAGUACACGUGCAACCCCUUCCUGGCAGAAGCCCGCGAGAAGCCGGCAGCAGCCGCCGCGGCCGGCAGCGGCGCCCACCCGGUCCCCAGCGCCGCCGCCUCCGCCGCCAGCCAGCCAGCCUCCGGUUGCAGCCGCAACCCCAGCCCCAGCAGCGAGCCGAAGGAGGAGAAGCACCACCAACUUGACCCAAAUAACCCGGCCGCAAACUGGAUCCACGCUCGCUCCACCAGGAAAAAGCGUUGCCCCUACACAAAAUUCCAAACUCUGGAACUGGAAAAGGAAUUUCUCUUUAAUAUGUACCUCACCAGAGAUCGCCGUUACGAAGUGGCUAGGAUUUUAAACCUGACAGAGAGACAGGUUAAAAUAUGGUUUCAGAACCGACGAAUGAAGAUGAAAAAAAUGAACAAGGAGAAAGGCAAUAAAGGGGACUAGCGCCUUGGUUGUGGGUAUGCAUGUAUGUGUGUAUGUGUGUAUGUAAGGGUGUGUGUGUGUGGAAAUGCACUGGGUUUUCUCUUAACAUGCGCUCACGCACAAUUAUCGAUAUUAAUUAUUGUUAAUAUUAUUAUUUCCCCAGGAGCAUUGACUCAGAAUGUUAAAUGAUCUGGUUAUUAUUAUUAUUGUUAUUAUUAUUAUUUUUAUAGUAGCAGUGAAUGUGGUCUGUGUCAGGGAUUUUGGAGAGAAAAGCGGGAGGGAGGUUUCUAUCUUGCUGGAGAAUGUAUUUCUAAACCUUAUUCCCCCCCCCCCCUUGCCCGCUUUCGAGAUAUUGUGGGUGCAACGUGUUAGCUUUUGGGAGCCAUUAUCUAAAUAUUCAUGCUUCUUCCAAGAGACCUAGUUUACAGCCAGUAAGGGAUACCUUGCUCCCCAAAAACUAUAAAGGAAAAAGGCGAGGACGAAGACUGAAUAAUAAUCAGGAAUUUUUUUUCGUGGCAAGUGAUCCAGGACUUCCCGAAAGGAAAAACCCAUCGAUUACCCGACUCUCUCCUUCUGUGUGUUUUGUUUUGCAAGAGACAAAAGGAAUUAAAAAAGAAACCCCCUUUCUCCUGGCCGCACUGUAUUACCAGUGGGUACCUGAACGGGCCUAAGCACGGAUCUUGACGGUCUGUUUCGCCAUCCUACCUAAAGACUCGGGUUUUUUUUAGUAUUGCUCUUAGGCUAUAAGAAAAACUGAUCUAAUCGAACGAAAGUCCCCCCCCCCUAGAAUGAGGGUCUGAGGGGGGAAGGCUGGGGAAAGAUUUUGUGUGUAUGUUUUGACUCCUCUUGGCAAUGCGGCAACAGCCCGCCACCCUCAGAGGAAACCGCCCCCCAAAACACUAUUUUUUUUUCAUGGUCUGCCCUUCAAAUACAUCAUUGAUCAAGAAAACUGGGGCUCUCCGAUAGACAGAGGAUUUUUCCUGCUCCAGAGAGAAGGGGCUACCCUGGGUUUAAUUGUGUCUCUAGUAGACUCUCGGCCAUGCAGUAAGCAUGGGUGAUAUUCUUUGCGGUUUGCUUUUCUAUGUGAACCUGAAGGAGUCAUGGUGUAGUUCGCCAGGAUCUGGGGGUGAGGGAGACACGGUUUUCAGCCCACAUUCGACACCCUAAAGCAAGGUAUGUGAAGACACGCCCUAGAAGUCGCUUUGGCUACCAGAGCUACCUUCUCUUCUCUAAGGGCAUCCUGAACUUUGAUUUGCAAUUGUGCCAUGUGCGUAGUUUAUGGUCUUUUCCCGAUACAAAGCAUUGUUGUCUCACCCCCAACCCCCAAUCCAAACGAUUCAGCCACAAUUGCAGCUCCGAGAUCUGGAAGGCAGGUCGAGGCGUCUUUAAACGAGGUUGACUCAUAAUUAUUAAAUCUGCCUUCUGGCUGCCCUCCGGAACCCCGCGGUCCUUUUAAAAAAUUCACUGGCUAGGCAGAAGUCUCUUGGAGCCGGUGUCCUCCGUCAGGGCCUGGAUGGGCAUUUAAUAAUAUUGCCUUCUUCCAUCAAACAUUAAUGAGAGCUCGCAGCUUCGGCCAAGGGAAAGGAGCGCCCGUUUGAAUUGCUGCCGGUGUUCGGGGCGUGUGUACACAUUGCUGUAGAGGCAGCCGGCUCUCUCGGAGGCCUAGUCGAUUGCAAGCCCAUGCUUACUCGUGCACGAAAUCAGUGGGAGUUCAGAGUGGCUGGAUCGUAUCCCCGGUGCACAGAAAAGCAUAACUGAGGGAGGGAAAGGCGGGGAUUCUGGGUUUAGCUGGAGGAGGGAGAGGCGAGCUGUUUGGAUGAGAAGCCGCCGAAAUUAAGGCCCUCCAAACAAUCUGGCCUCUUAAACGAUUUAAAAGAAGAUUUCGCUGUGAAGGACACCGCUGCAGAGACCUGACCUGGAGGCCCCCUUGGGUCUGUUGAUGCUAUCUGUGCCCCGCACCCCACCCCAGGACACACAGUGAUGAAGGCCCAGGGAAAAGGUGUCGCCUUCGACCCCCUUCACUACCAGCCCCUCUACCUAUCAUUCUUUUUUAGAACAGGAAGGAGGAAGGGACCAUAAAGCCAUUGAGAAGGCUAGACGUCUGGGGGUAAUGAGUUUACGAUAUGCAAUGGGGCUGCCCUCCUCUUCUUUGAGACCCAUCUUAUUUUGAUGUUUGUGUUUGUUAGGAUAAAACACCGAGGCAGACAAAAACCAGGUCUUAAAACCUGGACUAUAAAUUUCAAUCUGCCACCCGAGGAGGCCAGACAACAGUCAAGGGGAGCGGGAGAGGCCCGUAAAGCGAGAGGAUUAAAGCGCAUUUUGGUCGCUGUUGGGAAAGGCAGCCUUUUUCCUUUGGAAGUAAUGAAUUAGGUUAUGGCCGUGGGGCUGCGGAAAGGCCGGCGCAGGGCGAGUUCAGUGGAGACAUAGACCUUGGGAGAAAUGACACUUGAGCGGGGAGGUUUCGGCCCCACUUUGGACUGAAUGUAUUGUAAACUUGCGGCGGGUUCCCGCAAGUCCAGGUUUAUUGAUUUCGAAAAGGCACCGUUGAGAGCUAGCUGCAUAGGAAAGGCGCCCACAACAAAGGGCUUGCAACUUGUUUCCGUAGUGACGCUUCCAUGCCUUGGGGGAAUCAGAAAUGUGGGUGUCAUAGAAUUCCCAAUCCGAUCAGCAAGGUUGAUGGAAACUGGCAGUAAGGAAUAUAAUCACAUAGGCAAGUUCAAGGCAAAAUGGUUAUGAACCUGAAAACAAAACUUAAUAGAGGAACCAGAGCGACAAUCCAUAAAAAACAAAACAAACAAAAACACUUUCCUGGGAGUAAGCCCCGUGGAAUAAAUUUGGAUUUACUUCUGAUUGAGACCGGUUUAGGCUCGUUGUCUACAUGUGCGGAAGUCACACGACCUGCUCUAAAACAGCUAUGGACGCCAUCCUUUUAAUGCCUUCUUUUUUCAGCAGACUUUUUAAAAAAGUCCGAUGGAGUGAAACACAGAUGAAUGAACGAGCUCUAUGGUCUCACUAACAAGAAUCGAUAUUGUAUAUGCAUUUCGAAGAAUGCCCUGUCACUCAAGAUUUAGGACUGUGUGCCCCGGUUUUUAUUUGUCAAGAAUAUUUGUAAAUUGUUUGUGAUAAUUGCACGCUCAUUGGGGGUUUUUUUUGCAUGACUUAUUUAGUCAUCUUUAGCCGACGGAAAAUAAAUAUUUUUUUAAGCAAACGAUGUUUCUGCAACUCACGGAAGUCAAGAGUCAAAACAAAUACACUUCCUUUAAAUUCGUUGUAGUAGGAGCUCAACUGUGAAGCGCCGCCGGACUGCGGAUCAAGAUUUCGUGUCGCCACUAGAGGGCGCUGUUGCUCCAUUUUCUGUUGUUCGAGACCUUCGUUUUUCUGUAUCUGACCAGGAUUGUGUGUUGAUUAAAUAUGUAUAGGCUGUUUUUUUAAUCCAUGAAUUUGGUGUUUGUAGCCAAAAAUAAACGAGCACGACCUAAUGAAGGAUCUUUACUGCGAUCAAACUAAUUCACUUGGGAACUACGCACAGUCAGCACUUCUGGAAGUUCCCACCCAUAUUAAUUCGCUCAUGACACUACAUUCAGUUACUACAAACCAGAGACGUGUAAAACAAAAAUCUGUGUCUCUGGACGAGGUCGGCCGUUUUUCAAUAUUUAAAACAACAACAGGAAGUUCAAUAAGAAAAUUCAUUUCCAAUCUUUAACAACACACACAUAAAAGGAAUGAUAAAUUUAAAUCCGAAAUCGAAAGGAAAUAGCAAAGGAAACGGUUUAUUGUUGUGGAUAAUAACUAUUACAAAAUUUUCCAAGUUGUUUGUGACUGUGUCUGGCAUAUUUCUUGUGUGUUCUCGCAAA